AUGUAUGAAACACGGCCACCAAGCCCGAAAACGCCAUCACCAUUGGAUCAUCAGGUGGCUAUUCGACGUCUCAGGGACUAUAAGGUUCAAGAGUUGAAGAAUGAAUGCAAGAAGAGGCAAUUACCAGUCUCGGGUGCCAAGCCGCAAUUGCUGGAACGACUACGUCCAUUCGAGAAGACCAUACUGGGCAUGUCACCUCCUCCAACACCAGAACCGGCGCAGUUCAGCAAUAGCAGUGCCAUCUACGGCACGGUAGGAUGCCCCACGCAUGAAACUCAACACAAACAACCUGUGCAAGAGGUGGCCUACGAGACCGUUAUGCAGGCUGAGUCGACUGGUGAGAACCAUGUCAACAUAAUUUUCCAAAAUGAAUGUUUCCGAAGUUAUGCUUUGUAG